AUGAAACAACCCGCUGUACGGUUGGUGCGGCUGGGUCGCGUGCCAUACGCCGAGCUGUUGGCGCUGCAGGACCACUGGCUGCGGCGACUGCAGGCCGAGCCAGGACCCCAGACUUUGUCGGGGACUGAGGCAGGCGCGCUCCUGCUCUGCGAGCCCGCAGGGCCCGUGUACACGGCCGGGCUGCGCGGCGGCCUGACGCCCGAGGAAACUGUGCGGCUGCGGGCCUUGGGCGCUGAGGUGCGCGCCACAGGCCGCGGCGGCCUGGCCACCUUCCACGGCCCGGGCCAGCUACUCUGCCACCCGGUGCUUGACCUGCGGCACCCUUUGGUUUGCCUUGCAGGAGUCCGCUGUGGAAAGUACAUCACCUCCCAUGGUCUAGCUCUGAACUGUUCUACGGACCUCACGUGGUUUGAGCACAUUGUGCCCUGCGGGCUGGCUGGGACAGGCGUUACUUCCCUGAGUAAGGAGCUCCGGAGGCCCGUUGCUGUGGAUGAAGUAAUGCUACCUUUCCUUGUGGCCUUUAAGGAGAUCUACAAAUGCACGUUGAUCUCAGAGGACAUCCCCAGCUGAAGGGCGUUCAUGUUACCAAAACCGGGAUGGCCCUGCCUUGGAAAGCACCAGAUCUACUUGAAUCACGGAACCCAGAUUCUAGAUGAGGCCUGUUAUUCACUCACUAUGAGACUAGGGGCAAAUCAUGAGUUCUGAGCCAUUGUUUCCGUAUAUAUCCUGGUUUAUUUAUAUCUAUUCCUCACCUAUCUCAGAGAUACUAGAUACGAAAACACUAUGAAAAGCAACACAGUCUAUAUAAAACAUUAAUACUGAUAUUGACACCAGUUUCUCAGCUUAGAGAAAUUCAGCUGUCAUAGAUUGUCAUUUCUAAAUUAGUUGUUACUUCCUGAAUACUGUAUCUAGUUGGGCAGUCCUGGGCUCUAGUUCCUUGGAUUUUGUGGGAAUCCAAUCUCUGGAUGGCCAAGGUGAUGUGAUGUGGUGCUUUUUCAUUCUCAAGAUACCUGGAUGCUUUCUGCAAUAAAGUGAAAAGGGAAAGACCUCUUCAAAGAAUAAAAUGUGAUCUUGUCUUCCUGGG